AUGGCAGAUGUUAUUCAUACAACUAUUAGAUCAUAUGGCCAAAAACCAGGUUCAUCAAUUGCCACCGGUAAUAAUCAGUUGCCUUCAAUCAAGAAAGAUGGACCCGACUCAAUGAUACCAAAUUUUUCAUUACCAGCUCCAACCGGCAACAGUAGUAAUCAUACGAUCAGUAAUAUUAUCAAUAGAGAACCAUCGCCUGUAAAUAACCUUCCAUCGAUGUUGUCGUCUGGAGGACCAUGUUAUAUGUGUAAAACUACUAAAAGUCCAUACUGGGAAGAGUACCACCACAAAUCAUGUUGUGCCAAUUGUUAUAAACGAUCGAUCCUCGACAACAAACAUAUUCCAUCGCAAUAUUCAUCUUCAUCUUCAUCACUUAUCUCUGCCUUAUCUUCACACGGUGGUUCAAUUAAUCCACCUCCAUUUUCGAAACUUCCAAACACACUCGACAAAAAGUUUUCAAUGUCAUCGUCGGCACACGCCUCGAUGGCAUCACAUUCAUCCUCCAUUCCAUCGUCAUCCUCCUCCAGCAACAUGAUUUCCAUCCCAUCCCAACCAUCCAAAGCAUUUAUCACCUCCCUACUUUACGAUCUCAACCACUCGCAUGAAUAUAUGGCCGAGUCUGGAGAAUUCGAGAGUAAUCCAGAGCAAUACUACUGUAAAUUCUGUGACAAGACGUGGCCAUCCUCAUACUUUAAGAACAAACAGUCGUUCGGUGCCCAUUGCUCCAACUGCUCGAGGAAGAGAAAGCAAAGAGAUGACGGAUUCCCAUUCGUGCCAGAGAUCAACACUGAAAAGCGUCAACGUCGUGGUGAUGAAUCGUCAUCUGAUAUCGAAGACAGCGAUAUCUGGUCCUAUCCCGAAGACACCCACCGCAUACCAUCGUCAUCACCAUACUCACCACACCAAGGUUACUCGUCACCAACUCAUUCUCCAGUGCUAGGUGGUGCUAUUGGCGAUGGAUUACGAUUCGGCUUGCUCGAUGUCAUCGAAGACAAAAUCGCCGAAGAGAACGAGUUGGAAUUCAUGAGAAAAGAUCUCAAGAACUUGGUAUCAGAGAUUAUUAUACAAGACAUCAAGAAGGAGAAGGACAUUCAAGAUCUGAAGGUUGCACUCUCCAAAGAUAUCCGUGAGACCGAGUCAAGAGUAAUGGAAGACAUCAACGAAAAGAAUGCCGACGAAGAGAAACUCUUGAAAAAGAUGAAGGAAGAGGUAUUCGCCGAAUACCAAAGCCUCGAGAACAAACUGAAUGAAGAGAUCGAGAGAGCCAAGCAAUACCACAAGGAAAAGCCAAACGGUGAUCGUGUCGAGAGCAACGAAGAGAUCAACAGAACCAUUGCCAGCAUCAAAUCAAUUAUGACAGAGAAAAUCACAUCACUAAGCAACACACUCAUUACACAAGGUCGCGAAUUGGAACGAUUGGUAUCACUAGAGACUAAAGAAUGCGAAAAACAUGUAAAUAAGAAAUUCGAUGACAUUAAGAAAGAUUUAAACGAUUUUACAGAUGGUCUUAGCAGCUCAUUCGAACUAGUGGAAUCUUUAAUACAACAAAAUCAAUAA